AUGCGCGCAGCGCAAAGCAGCGCAAAAGCGUACCCGCUGUGUCCGUUCACGCAGAAGCCGCCGGCGAAGCCGAACGUGACGAUGGCGCGGUGCGUGGACGCGACGGAGCGCGCGUGCUGCGCGGACUGCAGCGACACGAGCAACGCGCUGCACGGCAUCACGGCGAAUCAGACCGUUGUGCUGCAGAUGCUCAAACCCGAGAUCGUCGCCAUCAUCGGCAACAAGGACGUCCAGCAAUGUGCGAUGUUUGUGGGGUUCGACGCGUGCAGCUACGACCUAGAGCAGCUCUUCUGCGCCAUCACCUGCAACCCCGACGGCGGCACGUACGUGAAAGCGUCGACAGCGACCACUGGCGUGCUGACGGUGUGCGAUGCGUACGCCACCCAGGUCUACUCCGACUGUGAAAACGUGCCCAUGAUGGGGCAGGCGACGCUGGGCAGUCUGUUGAGCAACAAGGAGAUAUUCAUCAAGCUCGUCUUCGGCCUGCUCUUUGCCCGCUUCAGCGGCAUCAAUGUCACCGUAAACGUCGCCCAGGGGACAUCGGCGUGUUACAACGGGCCCAUCAACCCUCUACCGCCAAAGCCAGUGUGCUGCGACCCCUUCACCAACACCCCCGGCUGUUCCUUCAAGGACGACCCUCUCCUCGCCCCCUAUGUCGGCCGCCCCAUCAACCCCAUUGCAUGUGCCGCGUACAUCAAUGGCACGGCAGCAAAUGGUGGUGCCACGUCAGCAUCGUCGUCGUCUGCCUCGUAUGGCAGCAGUGGCUCUCCUCCCCCCAAGGAAGCACGCAAGACUGCAUUGAGCAGUGUAUUCAUGUUUGUGCACACCUUGCAUGAAGACCACCAUCGCUCAUGUGGGCAUGCAGGUGAGAAGGUGAGGCGGGCAGGUGAGGAGUGGCGCUGCGCUGUUGUCUUCUCACCCGCAUUCAUCCACCUCACUCACAUACUCAUCAAACCCAUCUCCUCUCGCGCCCUGCCCUCCAUCCCCUGCUGUCCCUCACAUCUCGCUUCUGCUCGUCUCCACCUCCCCUCUCUCCUACUCUCCACCCUCUCCUCCUCUCCCCCUUCUUCCCCCUCCAACCCCUCCUGUUCCCCCCCGGCAGGUGUGGCGCGCGGCGCUGCUACUGGCGGACGUGAUGGUGGCCAACCACCGCCUGCUGGGGGGCGCAACACUGCUCGAGCUGGGGGCGGGCGCAGGUGGGGCAGGGGGGGGGAGCCGUCACGUUCUGUGCAUCACCCGCAUUACCUCCUCUCUGCCCUUCCUCUGCUGUGUUGCGGUGCAUGCAUGGGAGCAGGGCUGGCGGGAAUCAUAGCGGCUCACUUUGCCAAGCGUGUCAUUCUCACAGACACAGGGGACGCCGUUCUUCGCAACUGUGCUGCGAAUGUGGACGAUGCUGCCAACGCAGCCAGAGCAUCCAGCGCAGCCACGGGUUGCUCGCCGCACCCCCGCAGCCCCGUGCCAGCAGCUAGGGUUCGCCGCCUUGACUGGCGCCACGGCUGGCCGCCUCCCGUGGUAACCAGCACCUCCGGGCUCCACCAAUCAGCGACCAGCUCUGGCAGCAGCAGUGCAGCAGGCAGGGCAGCAGGCGCGCAGGCGGAAAUGGAUGGCGCAGCGGACCCGUUUAAUGGGAUAGACCCGUUUGGGUGGACGGAGGAGGAUGUGAGUGACGCCAGCAAUGCCACCGUGCUGCUGGCUGCUGACGUCAUUUACAGUGAUGACAUCACGUGUGCCUUCUUCACCACCCUUCGCUCCCUCCUGCGCUGCGGCCCUCCCAAGCUCCUACUGCUGGCGAUGGAGAAGCGAUUCAACUUCUCCCUCUCCCACCUCGCCCCCGUUGCCAACGGCUACGCUGUCUUCCGCUCCCACUUCGCCGCCCAAAAUGCUGCUCCCAGCUGCUACAGUGCCGGCCACUGUAUCAGCAUGCAUCAGGCAGCACAGCCAGGCGAUCCCAGCUGCAUACUGGCUGAGCACACAGAUGGUGGUGGGCGGCAGAAGGGGGUGGAUAGGCAACAGAGUGUGGGGAAUGGGGAGGGGGAGGGGGAAGAGGGGGAAGAGGGGGAGGAGCUGUUGGGGUGGCGCAUGGACGUGGGGCGGGUACCCCAGCACGUGGUGGGGUGGGAGAGGGGCAGUGACAUGGAGCUGUGGAUUAUUGCCACCCAGCGGUCCCUGCCUCUGGUGUGUGCGUGGAUGGACAGGGGCGAUGGGCUGUUCCCCUGCGAGGGGGGAGAGGAGGAGCUGUGCUCCCCUGCUUUUGAACACUUGCAGGCGAAUGCCUGA